CUGCAUGUGACGCCAUGGCUGGGCGGGGCUUGUUUUCAAACCCAGACGCAGGCUCACAGCAAUGAAGAUGGCGGCGCUGGGGUCCGCCAAAUCCGCUGGACUGGGACAGAGAAGCGCUCCUCUGAGUCUGGAGGAGGCGCGGUGCCCGGUGUGCUCCGAGAUCCUGCUGGAGCCGGUGACGAUGCCCUGUGGACACUCGGUGUGCCUGCACUGCUUCCAGCGCACGGUGAAGCUGACCAGCCUGUGCUGUCCGCUGUGCCGGCUGCGGGUGUCCAGCUGGGCCCGGAAACAGUCCCGGGAGAAGAGCCUGGUGAACGCCGAGCUCUGGGAGCUGAUCCGCCUCAGCCACCCGGAGAGAUGCAAGCGGAGGAUGGAGCAGAGGGACGGACAGACCGCCGACGGAGAAAUUUUUCGUGCACCUGUACCAAUUCAUAAAUCUGGAGAAAUGCGUCAAGAGUACGAGAAACAAAAGAUGAAGGGUGGAAGCAGUGAAGAAACCGAAGAGAGGAAGAAAAAAAUCCACAGAAAAGAAGAGUGUGGGAUGCUGAAACUUUGUCAAUACCCCUUCUGUGGGGUGUCAGACUCGGAGAAUGAAAAGCCGGUGGGAAAGAGGACCAGACAUGUCUCGGCAUUUGUGCGAAAAACAAGAUGCUCCCCUGCUUUCAGUAGAGGUUGUCUUCAUAGCAGUGCUGUUCAGAGGAGCAGGAGCUGUACAGAUUCUGAGGAUGGAAGAGGAAAAACCAGAGGUCACACACAUCACGUCGUUCCUGACAAGGCUAUCAUCACUCAUAGUUACAACGCUGGAAUCCUUCUUUCCUCGGAAAACAGUCGCUCUUUCUCAGCCCCGGUGCUGAGCCUAGAUAAGAGACACCACUGGCGGGGCAUCCACACCUCAUCCGCUUCACUCAUACUUCAAACAAAACCAGAGAGGUCCAUUAGCCCCGAGAGCAACGAUAGCAUAUCGGAAGAACUCAACCAUUUCAAGCCUAUUGUCUGUUCGCCGUGCACUCCACCCAAAAGGCUGCCCGAUGGGCGACUUUUGGAGCCUACUAUCGUGAAGUCAACCCCAAGGAACUUGACACGCUCUCUGCACAAGUCCACAAGCUACGAGGCCAGUCCGACUAUCUUGCAGAAGUGGAAGCAGAUUGAAGUUGAUCGUCACUGCAUCAAGGUGACCUCAAAAGGUACAGUCACGAGUCCGAUCGCAGAGGAUCUAAGCCUUAAACUGAGUUCCGUUGAAGAACAGGACAGCCAAAUCUGCAGCUGUGCUGUAGCCAAGGACAGCUCGCAAGACCAUCAGUGCAUUUGUGAUUCAAGUGCUAAGGAUCGGAAGGAUAAACCUGUAGUCUGUAAUAAACGACGGCUUGUAUUUGAUCAGUGUACCCAAGAGGAAGCUAGCGCUCACAUCAGUUCGGCAACUCAAAUCAUUUCAGAUGCUUCAUCCGCAAAAAGGCGUAGCAGGUGUGAACAACUCUGUAAACCCACAGAAAUUAGUAAAGCAAUGCUUGAUAAACUCAGUGGACACUGUAAUCAGGGUACGAAAGACCCGGAGAACUUCGUAAAUGAGCCUACCACCAGGAGCUGUGUACAUAACAGACCUACCUCAAGAAGGGGCAAGAAGAGAAGCCACAAAACCAAACAUUUGGAAGACACCCUACAGACAAAAAUGUCCCGGAAAGGUGCCUAUGACAGGCUUGAUCAUAUGAUUGUCCAGCGAAUUAAUCGGGAAAAGGAGGACCGAGAACUGGCACUAAAGCUACAAAGACAGUUUGACAGAGAAUGCCAAAAAGUGGACAGGCACAAAACGAGUCGUAACAAAUACGAACUCCGGUCCUGGGCUACAAAUGAUGGGAUGGUAGGACACAAUACACGCAGAUCAGGAAGAAUCUCCAAACGAAAUGAGCACUUUAACUACAGCUGUUAAAGUGACCUCCGGUUAUGGUAGUGUUUUAUUGUAAUGAUUUGUUGCAUUCACAAACAUUUUCUUUGUUGAGGCACUACAGGGGCUUUCUAACAUCUGGAUUAGUAUUGCAAGAUAAGGUAUUUACUUUUUUUUGAUUUUUCAUCCAAAGCAACUUGCAUUAAUCGAGUCCACCUUUAUCAGAGGUGGCCAAUCCUGUUCCUGGAGAUCUUAAAAAGUUCAGCUUAAACCCUGAUUAAACACAACUGAACCAGCUUAUUAAGAUCUUCAGGAGUGCUUGGUAAUUACAGACAGUUGUGUUGGAUCUGAACUCUGCAGGUUGAUCUCCAGGAACGGGAUUGGGCACCCCUGACCUAGAGCAAGCUGGGGUUAAGUACCUUAGCUUGGGGUAAAAUGGUGGUAGGACAAGUUUGGACUCUCAGUAACUUUCCCAUUUAUAGAGAUUUGGAUUUGAA